GAUGAUGAUGAUGAUGAGGAGGAGGAGGGUGACGAGCUGGGUACCCCAGGUGCCGGUGGCAGGGGUGGAGGUAGGGGCGGCGCCGAGGGCAGCAGCCAGCCAGAUGGCUUCAAGCAGAGCCAACAAGCCGAAUUUUCUCCGGCAGCAGCAGCAGCAGCAGCAGCAGCGGCGGGCGCGGCUGGUGGCCCCUACCGUGGUUUUACUUCACGAGGCGGCGGCAGUAGCCAGCAACCGUACGGCAGUAGCCAACCACCGUACGGCAGCAGCCAAGCGUACGGCACCCAGGCGAGCCAGUACAAGGAUCCGUACUCGGAUCUUGGUAAGCAGCAGCGCAGCGGCAAGGCCGCUCCCCAUCCCGCUGCCUCCUCCCAGGCGCCAAGGUGGGCUGCUGCAGCUGCCAAGGCGACGGGAGCUGUGCACUUGGUUUUGGUGCUCGCGAACGACGGUUGCGGCGACGUGCAGUGUCAGGAGGUGCUGUUGGAGGAUGCGCCGCACACGUUCAAGGUCGUGGUACCGCCGCUGCAAGACGAAGACACCAGUCUCGCCGUCGGGGGUCUUCAAGGCAUCAAACUGCCGUACAUCGACGUCCUACCGGCUCCGCCCUCGGAGUACGGCAUCCCGGGCUACCCUCGCCGUACGACAACUGCUUCCUCUGCUCCCUCCUCCUCCGCUACCCCUGCUGCUGCUGCUGCUGCUGGGCCAUCUGUCGCCAUGCAGAAGGAAGGCAGCGGUGGCGGCGGCGCCGGAGGCGCCGGCGCUGGUGUUGGCGUUAGCAGUACGGCAGCGACGGCGGCGGCGGCGGCGCCGCCGCCGCCGCCCCGCACGCUGGCCGACGCCUGCUGGCGACCCAGUCGCUUGGGCGACAUGCACGUGCUCACGCUGGCGUACCCGCCUUGUCGUGCGCUACGACAGGAGCUCGGGGAGCGGUUGGUUUCGGAGAUGGCUGGCGCUAGGAGCCAUGCGUACGGCGUCGUGGGGUACGGCGACCCGCUGUGGGGCCGCUGGGGGCGUGCGGCGCAGCUGUCUGCUGAGUUUGUGAUGGCGAGCACUCGGGCGCCGGAUACGGGGGGUAUCGCCCUUCUUUCCACCAUCAUCCCUACCAACAGCAGCAGCAGCAGCGGCCCCAGCGCCUACAAGCC